AUGCCAGACGAGCCGCGGCGCAUCAUCAUCGAAAAAUCCAGCACGGUCCGACGCCGGUACCAGCGCAGCAACAAGCGAUUCAAAUUCACCGCCUCGCAGUUACGACGGAUUGAACGCGAAGAGGAACUCGAGCGUCGGGCCAAAGCUAUCAAGGAAAAGGGGGAGAAGCGUCGAGCGAACAAGAAACGAAAGGCGGAGAAGGAGGCCAAGGACCGCGAGGAGCGGAAGAGGCUUGGAUUGCCAGAUCCUAAUGCGCCCAAGAUCCCGGCUAGUCAGCCCUUGCUCUCUGCGUUUUUGGGUGUGAAGCCUAAGCAGCCUGUUGAAGAACAGCCCGUCACUGCGAAUGCCGAUUCUACAACUACGGAGAAUGAGGACGGAGGGGAUACGGAAGUUGACAGUGCGGGCGGCGACACUGAGGCAGAGUCGGAUAUAUUUGACGACUUGGACGAGGACAUAAUUGAGCAAGGGUUUGCAUGUCUCCAGGAUGCGGGCAUCCCAAAGGAAGCUGGGAUCCCUAAGGUCUCUGAUGUUCUUGAAAACCGGAACCCCAUUAUUGGCAACAAUGUCAGUGCAGAGAGCCUGUGCUCUCUGAAAGAUGACCACUGCGAUGAUGAUGAAUUUUCCGAUUGUUCCGUAUUUGACGACGCCGAUAUCAUUAGAGAAGCAGACGCUAUUGCAGCAUCGCGACCCUCGCAACCACCGCAUACAACGAUCCCUCUUCCUACGAUGUCACUCGCUCCUCCAGUAUCGACAAUGGGCCAGCCGCGAUCGAGCCAGCACCCCAAAUCUUUGACCCCUUCUAUCCCCUCACUUGGAGACUCUUUCCGUGACGAUACAGCCGACUACCUUGAAGAUGUCUUCUCGCGCGGCUGCGGCGACUCAUUUGGCGAGUUAGUCCAGCUCGGGUCGGCGUCUCGAUAG